AUGAAUGCUACUGUAAUGCCUACACCAACAUUUCACUCAACCACAGGUAUUAUACGUAAUAUUUAAAAAAAAUAUCAAGAAUCGAUGAUGAAAAGACAAAGGAAAUCACAACAGUGCAUGUUGCGGUGGUUUGUAAUGUGAUAAAAAAUCAUGCUAAUUUAAGCUUCAGCUUUGAUUAUUGAUUUGUACAACGUUUAUUUUUAAAAUUACUUCGCCAAUGAACUCUAAGAUGGUUAUUUUUUAGAACCGUUCGGGGAAAACUCCACUAGCAUUGUACGCCCAAGUCACACUGCAGUGUUUGGUACCAUGAAUGCUACUGUAAUGUCUACACCAUCUUUUCACUCAACCACAGGUAUUGUACGUAAUAUUUAAAAAUUUAUCAAUAAUUGAUGAUGAAAAGACAAAGGAACUCACAACAGUGCAUGUCGCUGUGGUUUGACAUGUGAUAAAAAAAAAACAUGUUAAUUUACAUAUGCUUUAGCUCUAAUUUUAUCGACUUAGACAACGUUAUUUUUAAAAUUACUUUACCAAUAAACUCAUGAGAUGGUUGUUUUCUAGAACCGUGGAGGAAAAACGCCACCAGCUUUGUUCGCGAAAAUCGCACUGCAGUUGUUGGUACCAUGAAUUCUACUGUAAUGUCUACACUAAGAUUUCACUCAACCACAGGUAUUAAUUGUAUGUAAUAUUUAAAAAAACAUCAAGAAUCGAUUAUGAAAAGACAAAGGAAAACACAAUACAAAAUUAUGUUAAUUUACAUAUGCUUUAGCUUUGAUUUUAUCUACUUAAACGACGUUUAUUUGUAAAAUUACUUCGCCAAUAAACUCAUAAGAUGGUUGCUUUUUAGAACCGUUGGGGAAAAGUGCCACUAGCAUUGUUUGCUCAAAUCGCACUGCAGUUGUUGGUACCAUGAAUGCUACUGUAAUGUCUACACCAGCAUUUCAUUCAACCACAGGUAUUGUAUGUAAUAUUUAAAAAAAUUAUCAAUAAUCGAUGAUGAGAAGACAAAGGAAAUCACAAUAAAAAAUUAUGUUAAUUUACAUAAGCUUUAGGUUUGAUUUUAUCGACUUAGACAACGUUUAUUUUUAAAAUUACUUCGCCAAUGAACUCACACGAUAGUUGUUUUUUAGGACCGUUAGGGGGAAAUGCCACUAUAGCUUUAUUCGCCCAAGUCGCGCAGCAGUUGUUGGGACCAUGAAUGCAUGCUACUGUAAUGUCUACACCAACAUUUCACUAAACAAUAGGUAUUGACGUAAUAUAUAGUUAAUUUAAAAAUUUAUCAAUAAUUGAUGAUGAAAGAACAAAGUAAAUCACAACAGUGCAUGUUGCGCUGGUUUUACAUGUGCUAAAAAAUCAUGUUAAUUUACAUGAGCUUUGCCUCUAAUUUUGUCGACUUAGACAACGUUUCUUUUUAAAAUUACUUUGCCAAUAAACUCAUGAGAUGGUUGUUUUCCAGAACCGUUGACGAAAAACGCCACUAGCAUUGUUCGCCCAAGUCGCACUGCAGUGUUUGGUACCAUGAAUGCUACUGUAAUGUCUACACCAACAUUUCGCUCAACCACAGGUAUUGUACGUAAAAUUUAAAAAAAUUAUCAAUAAUCUAUGUUGAAAAGACAAAGGAAAUCACAACAGUGCAUAUUGCGGCGGUUUGACAUGUGAUAGAAAAUCAUGUUAAUUUAAACUUCAGCUUUGAUUAUCGAUUUGGACAACGUUUCUUUUUAAAAUUACUUCGCCAAUGAACUCUAAGAUGGUUGUUUUUUAGAACCGUUCGGGGAAAAUUCCACCAGCAUUGUUCGCCCAAGUCACACUACAACGUUUGGUACCAUGAAUGCUACCGAAAUGUCUACAUCAACAUUUCACUCAACCACAGGUACUGUACGUAAUAUUUAAAAAAUUAUCAAUAAUUGAUGAUAAAAAGACAAAGGAAAUUACAACAGUGCAUGUUGCGGUGGUUUUAUAUCUGUUAAAAAACCAUGUUAAUUUACAUAUGCUUUAGCUCUAAUUUUAUCGCCUUAGACAACGUUUAUUUUUAAAAUUACUUUACCAAUAAACUCAUGAGAUGGUUGUUUUCUAGAACCGUUGACGAAAAACGCCACUAGCAUUGUUCGCUCAAGUCGCACUGCAGUUGUUGCUACCAUGAAUUCUACUGUAAUGUCUACACUAACAUUUCACUCAACCACAGGUAUUGUAUGUAAUAUUAAAAAAAUAUAAAGAAUCGAUUAUGAAAACACAAAAGAAAUCACAAUACAAAAUUAUGUUAAUUUAUAUAAGCUUUAGCUUUGAUUUUAUCGACUUAAACGACGUUUAUUUGUAAAAUUACUUCGCCAAUAAACUCAUAAGAUCGGGUUGCUUUUUAGAACCGUUGAGGAAAAAUGUCACUAGCAUUGUUCGCCCAAAUCGCACUGCAGUUGUCGGUACCGUGAAUGCUACUACAAUGUCUACACCAGCAUUUCACUCAACCACAGCUUUUGUAUGUAAUAUUUAAAAAAAUUAUCAAUGAUCGAUGAUCAGAAGACAAAGGAAAUCACAAUAAAAAAUUAUGUUAAUUUACAUAAGCUUUAGCUUAGAUUUUAUCGACUUAGACAACGUUUAUUUUUAAAAUUACUUCGCCAAUGGACUGCAAUCAAUACUUGUUUAGAUAUAAAUCACUCAGCUGUCCCCUCGUGUUUUAUAUCUGAUUAAGCACACCGUGGCCUGCUCGUGUCUUUAAUACAUGCAUACAGCAUUUGCGUUCAUGUUGUAUCAGAUAUAAAUCUCUUUGAAGCACCAUAUGAGACCUGAAACACCAAAAACAGUUAUAACUUUUUAAUGCUUGAACCUAUAGUUAUAGUUUGCGUUGGCCACUGUAUGGAUGCUAGUAACACAAUACAGUUAAAGGUGCUUUACAGUCCGAUCUGCGCAUGUGCAAAAAGGAGCCCACUUUUUAUAAUACAAACAGUUUAACUAUAUGUUUUGGGCUCUUGAAAAGCAUGAUUGUUGUUUCUUGAUUAUUUAUUAUACUCUAGAAUCUUGAAAAUAUAAACAGUUGUCGAAUAAAGCUCAAUAUUUUGGGCACAAAAAUGUAAACAAAGGCUUUGUUUACAUACGGACUGUAGGCACCUUUAAUGCAUCUAAGAUUAACUGGGUUUGAUUCUUGCUGAUUAUAAUUUUGCGCUCAUUUUGCACUCAUUAGUUUAGCUACUCAGUAUUGUAAAAUUUACUUUUUUUUGGAGUAGUUACCGGUAAAAGUUACACAUAAAAAAUACACUUACAAUUUCAAAGUUAUUUUUGUAACUGCAUGAUUAAAAAGUUACUUUCAAUUUUUCUAUACCUUGUUCAGGUUACAUCUGCAGGUUUUAAAGUGCAUAUGACAUGAAAGUUUUUAUUUUAUUAAAUGAAAGAACUCUUUAAGCUGUAAUGUAACUUAUUUUUCAGUUUCUUCUUUUCAUGGUUUGUUCCCGACAUAUUUCAGUUUGUUUGGUAUGUAAAUGAGUGUGAAUAUGUCUGCUAAUUUAGGACGUACCGUUGGUUGCAAGCUCAACUUACACUGGUUAUAAAUCUAUUCACUCUAAAAACUGUAGAUAUCAGUUCACGUUUUUCUCCAGUAUUUUAUCACAUUUACCAGUGAGUGAAGUUGGAAAUUAUUAUCUUGGAUGAUAGCAGUGAUAUUCAACCAUUUUGAAGAGCUUGCAACCAACGUGACGUCAUAAAUUAGCGGACAUAUUCACACUCGUUUACAUAACAAACAAAUUGAAAUCUCUCGGGAAUUACAAACCAUAAAAACAAGAAACUGAAAAAUAAGUUACACUACAGCUUAAAAAGUUUUUUCAUUUAAGGAAAUAAAAAAAUUCAUGUCAUAUGCACUUUAAUAUAUAAUUACACUGACAAUGAGUUCAAGCGAAAAAAAUUGGAUAACCGAACAAUUGAAGCCGGCAAAUAGACAGAAGAAUUAUUGUGCAACGAAUCGGUUUAUCAACCACCUUACACAUAAUAGAAGUUGAUGGUAUAAACAAAAUAGCAAGUUCGAUAUUUUAACGCGAGAAUGUAACAAAAAAAGUAACGUUAGUCAGAAAAUUAAUUGACGCGUUAUCGUUCCAUUUUAAGCCAAAAUCCAACUAGUUAAGCCGGUUUUCCACUUCAAGCGUACCGUACCGAAACGUAUCAGAAAGUUUUUAAAUUUCAAAAUUUCGUGAAUGUUGAUUGGUUAGUACUUCCGUAGCACGCCAAAAAGUUGACUUGCGACGAACUUUUUAUUUUGAUACGCGAAUACAUCCGGCAGUACCGGAAGUACGUGGAUUUAUUAACCUCUUUUCAAUCUGCGUAUGCUUACCAGUACGUUUCGGUACGAUACGGGCGAAGUGGAAAACCGGCUUUACAGUUACCUCUUUCCAAACUGACGUAAUUACUUAACUAGUUUACCGUUACAGUUAUCUAAAAAGGUGACGGUUACUUGUAAUUCCGUAACUUGUAACGAGGUUACUUAUGCCGAACACUGGAGGAGAACUCCAGUUAAUGUUGUUUUCUUUGACUGACACUGACCAAAAUUAAAAUAAUAAAUUUAUUUAUUACCAACCGUCUCUGUGUACGCGCUGAAAACAUUUUUCGUAUUCUUACAGAGCGAAUGUCGUCGGAUGAUUCCAAUUUUGUUGUAAUCAUUAUCAUUGUCUGUGUUGCUGCUGCAGCUGCGGUUCUGUUACUCGUUGGGAUGAAGGCGCUAUUGUCCAAGAGCACAAGUCAGGGAGUAAGUCGGACAGUAUCAUAUUCUGCCGGUAUAUAUGAUUUAUAACGAAUAAUGAUGAUAGGUGUGGAUAAGACAUAGCUAUAGUCUGCUAACAUAUGAUGAUCUGGAAGUCCGGCAAACUUCAGAGACUUUCAAACUUGAGAAGUAAGGAGAGAGCACUUUGCGCUAGAGUUGAUCUGGACUAGCGCCUCGAUGAACUCUUAUGCUUUUUCGUACACUCCGCGUGUCCUCGGAAAACUCGACUGAAAAAUAAAAAACCCCUCAAAUUUAUCGCAAUUUUAAAGCUUUUCACGUAAUGUAUAUUUCAUAUAUUAAUUUAUAUAUGUAAAGAGUAAUUUUUCAUGUAAAUUUUAUUUGGAAGCUCAUAUCAAACAAUUGAGAUGCCGGCACAAAGGAUAGAAAUGACAGACACAAAAAUGGGAAUGGAAAUACCUAUAUACCGUAAUAAAGACAAUUGUACUUGGACGUCAGAGUGAAAUACGUAAAAGAGCUAUACAGAGCAAUUAAGUUGACCACUGUCGACCUGCAGAAGUAGGCUCGACUCAGCGGUAUAAGAGGAAGCAUACUGACCAUAUUUCCACAUGUGCCCCAGCCCCCUUCCUCUCUGGUAACUAAAUUUUCCUGAAUUUCCUAGACUGCGCAUCAACAACUUGGCGAGACUUACGGACAAUCUGCAGAGGAGGACAUAGAGUUGAAUACCAAAGAAAUAAAUGAUGAUAGGAAACAAACUUUAGAAUGUUUAGUGGUUAUGAUGGUGCAGUAUAUAUAG